AUGCCUUCCUCUGCCCCCCUGAUCCGCUCCAAAGCCAACCCCCCAAAUGGUCAUAAACCUGAAAUUCCAGUCAGCUAUGACAUAAACAUCCCCUAUGUUGAUGUGAAUAAACAAACCAAGAUCAACACUCCAUACCCGGAGUAUCUCCCGACCUGGGAUCCAAUAUGGUUUGACCCACUACCAGAAUUCGACUACGAAGACCCAGCCCUCCGCGUAAAGGAUAAAUCCAAAUCAAACCUCCUCACCCCAAAUGUGAAACUCACCGAUAUCCAACCCGCAAUCGGCAGCAUAGUCGAAGGCAUCCAACUAAACAAACUCACAAACAUUCAAAAGGAUGAACUAGCCCUCCUCAUCUCUGAGCGAAAGGUCCUAGCCUUCCCAAACCAAGAUCUCAUCGACGCAGGCCCAGCAGAACAAGAAGCAUUCAUGCGCUACUUCGGCAAACCAAAUUACCAGCCGGUCUCAGGCACUGUACGGGAUCAUCCCGCCUUCCAUGUUAUUCACCGUGACGGGAAUCGCGAGGAAAUCGCUCGUUUCCUCGAAGCGCGUACAACAACUACUCUCUGGCAUCAGGAUGUCAGCUACGAGAUCCAGCCACCAGGCUAUGUCAUGCUGGGUCUUCUUCAAGGGCCAGAAGUGGGUGGGGAUACGGUCUUUGCAGCGACUGAUAUGGCGUAUAAGCGAUUGUCGCCCACAUUGCGCGGGUUCCUGGAUACGUUGAAUACAGUGCAUUCGUCUGCGAAGAUGAUUCAGCAUACGCGAUUGAUGGGCGGUUUGGUGAGGAAGGAUGCUGUUGAUACUGUUCAUCCGCUUGUGAGGAUUCAUCCUGUUACGGGGGAGAAGUGUUUAUUUGUGAAUGCGGAAUUUAUUACUAAGGUUCAGGGGAUGAAGGAGCCUGAGACGAAGUGGAUGUUGGAUUUCCUGAUGAAUCAUAUUGUGACUGGGCAUGACUUUCAGGCUAGAGUGCGAUGGCAGCCGAGGACAAUUGUGAUGUUUGAUAAUAGAUCUACAACUCACUCCGCUAUUGUUGAUUACCUUGAUGAGGAAUAUGGUGCCAAGGCUCGUCAUAUCUUUCGUUUGAUUGCGUUGGGAGAGAAGCCGAUUCCUGUUUAUGAUGAAUUCUCCUAG